ACAGCAGUACCGUACUUCUUCUCUUUCUUUUGCUUUUCAACAUCUUGCCUGCGGCAAACCACAUUCUUUAUAUCACUGCGCGUUGCUGAAGAGCUAGACUCGACGAUCUUCUCAUCCCGUCUAUAUCAUCUCCGAACCACUCGAUCAAACUUCAGACAAAACCACUCACAACAUUCCUUUCUUCGCUCAGCCGGUCUAGCGAAUACUCAACGAGAACCCUUCUCACAUCAUUCAUUCAAUUAUCAUCAUGUUUUCCCAAGCCACUCUCCUUUUGGCGCUUGCCACCAGUGCCGCCGCGCACAUGAUUAUGGAAUACCCCGUCCCAUACGGCAAGGCUACUCUGAACAGCUCUCCAUUGGCACCAGGCGACUACCCUUGCAAGCAGCGUACUGGCGUUUACGAUGUCACCGAGAUGAACCAGUGGAAUGCUGGCGAGACCAAGACUAUUUCCUUCAUCGGCUCCGCAGUCCACGGCGGUGGUUCAUGCCAGUUCUCCCUCACCACUGACCCCAAGCCUUCUGAAAGCUCGCAAUGGAAGGUCAUCCAGAGUGUCAUCGGAGGAUGCCCCUCAAACGUGACUGGCAACAUCACUCCAGCCGACCCCGACGGCCACGGGGCUGCUACCUUCCCCGUUCAAAUGCCCAAGGACAUUCCUGACGGCCAGUACACCUUCGCCUGGACCUGGUUGAACAAAGUCGGUAACCGUGAAUUCUACAUGAACUGUGCCCCAGUCCAGGUCGGCAACGGUGCUUCCAAGGCCUCUACCAAGAGCGUCUCCACAGCUCUCUCAUCCCUUCCAGACAUGUUCGUUGCCAACGUGCCCGACACCUCCUGCAGCACUGCUGAGGGUGAAGACUUCGAAUACCCCAACCCUGGAAAGAAUGUCAUCACGAGCGCAGAGGCAACACCAGGCAGCAAGAUCAGCGGCGCUGGAUGCAGCACCAUGACCAAGAUGGGUGCUGGUAAAGGACAGCUUGGAUCUCCCCAGGCCCCCGCUUCGAACCCUUCACCAAGCAGCGCCCCUAGUUACGGUGCUCCUGUCGCUAGCAUUGCACCUGCUCCUGGUUACGGUGCCCCCGUUGCUAGCAGCGCACCUGCUCCUGCUGCCAGCAGCCCUCCUGCCUAUGCCGCACCUCCCGCCAGCAGCCCCCCUGCUUAUGCCGCACCUCCUGUCAACAGCCCUCCUACCUAUGGUGGUGCCCCUCCUGCCAGCAGUGGCCCUACCUAUGGUGCCCCUCCUGUCGGCGGUGUCUUCGCUCCUGGCGCUGCUCCCGCACCUGCUGCACCUGCUACUCCAUCUACACCUGCCGCUGCACCCAAUGCACCUGCUUCCAAGCCCAGCAGCGCUCCUCAGCAGCCUCAGCAGCCCGACAACAGCAGCAGCACUCCCAGCGUUCCCGCUGGCAAUGCAGACUGCACUCCGUGCCAGACCGAGGGUGCUGUCGUGUGCAUGGGCGGCAACAUGUUCGGUCUUUGCAACCACGGAUGCGCAGUUCCUCAGGCUCUCGCAAAUGGCAUGUCCUGCUCUGGUGGCGUCGUUGUCGCCUCAACGAAGCGAUCUCUCAAGUUCCCUCGUGGCCACCUCCACCGUCGCCACGGCGCUUCCCACCUUAUCUAA